AUCGAAGACCUGUCCCAGCAGGCCCAGCUGGCAGCUGCCGAAAAGUUCAAAGUGCAAGGAGAAGCUGUUUCAAACAUCCAGGAAAACACACAGACCCCCACCGUGCAGGAGGAGAGCGAAGAAGAAGAGGUUGACGAAACCGGCGUCGAGGUGAAAGACAUCGAGCUGGUGAUGUCCCAGGCGAACGUGUCCCGAGCGAAGGCAGUCCGUGCCCUGAAGAACAACAGUAACGAUAUUGUAAAUGCUAUAAUGGAGUUGACGAUGUAGCUGCCAGAGGGAGGAGCCUUUUUUGGUGUUUCAGAGAAGAGUAAAAUGCGACUAAAUUUAAAAUUUGUACUAUUUCUAUCAAUUAAUAAAAGUUGUGGCUUAUUGUUGGUGAAA